UCCGAUGCGUCUCCAAAUUCCAAGUCUGUAAUAAAGAGGUUCAUUUGCGUUACAAAGGAGAGGAUGAUACUCUAGUCAUAUGCCAUCAACCGAAUAUUGGUCUCAUCCUCAAUCUCUCGCUUACUAAUUUGUGCUCCGCCGGCUGGCGGUGCAGCUGCUAGCCAGUUGAAAUGGAAGACUAUUUGAAGAAGGAUUUUGAUUUUCCGGCCAAGCAUCCGUCGGAAGCGGCUCUGAAGAAAUGGCGCAACGCCGUUUCCCUCGUCAAAAACCACCGCCGUCGCUUCCGUCAUGUCGCUGAUCUCGAAAAGCGCUCUAUUCACCAGAACCGACUUAGCAAAAUCAAGGAAGACCUGCGUGUUACCUUCAUCGCCAUAAGGGCAGCAAUGCGCUUUAUGGAUGCUGCCGCUCACCCUCAAAACAUGACACGCGAACCCCAUCAACCAAGAGACAUAAAACAUUCCGAAUACAGCAAAAACCCAGACAAACUCGCAUCCAUGGUUCGUAAUUACGACAUGAAAGCCUUACGAUCCCUUAAUGGAGUCAACGGAAUCGCAGAAGUAGUCAACGUAUCAAUCGACGAAGGAGUCAAAUCAACCGAUAUACCUACCAGACAAGAAACAUACGGAAUCAACAAGUACACCGAAAAGCCUUCCAAGAGUUUCUUCAUGUUCAUAUGGGACGCCCUUCAUGAUUUGACUCUUAUCAUCCUUAUAGUAUGCGCCAUUGUCUCAAUAGGCGUAGGACUCGCAACCGAAGGCUUUCCAAACGGAAUAUACGAUGGACUCGGAAUCUUACUCAGUAUUUUACUAGUCGUCACUGUCACUGCUGUCAGCGACUACAAACAAUCGUUACAAUUUAAAGACCUCGACAAGGAGAAAAAAAAGAUUGCAUGUCAUGUCACUCGAGACACGUGUCGCCAAAAGGUCUCAAUUUACGACCUGGUGGUCGGCGACGUCGUCCAUUUAUCCAUCGGCGACCAAGUUCCCGCCGACGGAAUAUUCAUCUCCGGAUACAAUUUAUUAAUCGACGAAUCUAGUUUAACCGGCGAGAGCGAUCCUGUGAUCAUUAACGAGAAAAAACCGUUCCUACUCGCCGGAACAAAAGUACAAGACGGCUCAGCCAAAAUGCUCGUCACAGCGGUCGGCAUGAAAACCGAAUGGGGAAAGUUAAUGGAAACAUUAAGCGAAGAAGGAGAAGACGAGACUCCUUUACAAGUGAAACUAAACGGUGUCGCUACUAUCAUUGGAAAAAUCGGAUUGGUUUUCGCAAUUUUGACUUUUCUUGUGUUGACUGUGAGGUUUCUCAUUGAAAAAGCAAUGCGCAAUGAGUUUACAACUUGGUCGUCUGCUGAUGCUUUGAGUAUGUUGGAUUAUUUCGCAACCGCGGUUACUAUAAUCGUGGUUGCUGUACCCGAAGGGUUACCUCUUGCGGUUACUUUAAGUCUGGCGUUUGCUAUGAAGGAAUUAAUGAAAGACAAAGCACUUGUGAGACAUCUAUCUGCUUGUGAGACAAUGGGUUCUUCUACUGUUAUAUGCACGGAUAAAACCGGGACUUUAACAACGAAUCACAUGGUAGUUACUAAAAUAUUCGUAUCCGGUGAAAUUAAAGACGUUAAAGAUAAUGCAAAAUUACCGGAAAGGGUAUCGGAUGUUCUCUUGCAAGGUAUAUUUGAAUGCACAGGUUCUGAGGUGGUGAAGGACAAAUCCGGAAAAACUUCAAUUUUAGGUACCCCGACUGAAUCUGCAAUACUACAAUACGGGUUGGAUCUAGGCGGCGAUUUUGAAACUGUACGCCGUGAGAUUAAAAUGUUGAAAAUGGAACCUUUUAAUUCUGCUAAAAAGAAAAUGUCGGUGAUUGUGACUCUUCCGGAAGGUCAAACGCGUGCUUUUUGUAAAGGUGCAUCUGAAAUAGUGUUGGGAUUAUGUGACAAAAUGAUCGAUGGAAAUGGAGAGGUUGUUCCUUUGUCUGAAGAGAAAGUGAAAUUUGUUACGAAUGUUAUUGAGGAGUUUGCGGUUGAGGCUUUGAGAACUCUUUGUUUGGCUUAUUUGGAUGUUGAAGGUAGCUUUGAUUGUGAAAAAAAUCUACCCGAGAGUGGUUACACAUUGAUUGCGGUUGUUGGAAUUAAGGACCCACUUAGGCCGGGGGUAAAAGAGGCAGUUGAAACCUGUUUGGCUGCUGGUAUUACUGUUCGUAUGGUUACUGGUGAUAAUAUCAACACUGCUAAAGCCAUUGCAAAGGAAUGUGGUAUACUUACCGAAGGUGGCAUAGCCAUUGAAGGUCCAGAUUUUCGAACCAAAACCAUCCAGGAAUUGAACGAAAUCGCUCCUAGAAUUCAGGUAAUGGCUAGAUCAUCACCAACAGACAAACAUGAACUUGUGAAGCAUCUGAAAGCCAUGUCAGAAGUUGUGGCGGUUACAGGUGAUGGCACAAAUGAUGCUCCUGCUUUACACGAGUCUGAUAUUGGAUUUGCCAUGGGCAUAGCAGGAACCGAGGUUGCAAAAGAACAAGCUGAUGUCAUCGUGAUGGACGAUGAUUUUGCAACAAUUGUAAAAGUAGCAAAAUGGGGACGUGCGGUCUACAUCAAUAUCCAAAAAUUCGUACAGUUCCAGUUGACUGUAAACAUCGUUGCUCUUAUGAUCAACUUUGUUUCCGCAUGCAUCACAGGAUCUGCACCACUUACAGCUGUCCAGUUACUUUGGGUGAACCUGAUCAUGGACACAUUGGGUGCACUGGCACUGGCCACCGAACCACCAAACGAUGGUCUAAUGAAACGACAACCUGUCAAGAGAACCGACAGUUUCAUCACCAAGACCAUGUGGCGGAAUAUCAUUGGUCAAAGUAUUUACCAAAUGGCUGUCCUGUUUGUUCUCAAUUUUGCUGGGAAACCGAUCUUAAAUUUACACGGCCCAGAUUCAACCGCCAUUCUCAACACCUUUAUCUUCAACACCUUCGUCUUCUGUCAGGUGUUUAAUGAAAUAAACAGCCGUGAGAUUGACAAGAUUAAUAUUUUCCGUGGGAUGUUUAGUAGUUGGAUUUUUUUGGGUGUGAUGAUAUCGACAGUGGUAUUUCAAGUAAUAAUAGUGGAGUUUCUUGGGACUUUUGCAAGCACUGUGCCACUGGACUGGGAACUGUGGGGACUAAGUAUUGUGAUUGGAUUGGUGAGUAUGCCGAUUGCUGUUGUUUUGAAGUGUAUUCCAGUUGAGAAGACAGCAGCUGUUAAAGAACAACAUGAUGGGUAUGAGAGUCUGCCCAAUGGCCCCGAAAUAGUUUAAAUGAAACCUAAAAAGGUAAUUUUCCUUUCCCUUUUAUUUUUACUGACGGAAUACCAUAACUGAAAAUGGUAUAGUUUACUUAGAAAGAAAAAAAAAAACUAAUGACUUUUCUUGUGCUGAAAGGUGUGAUGAUUUGCAUGUCGAUUAUGUCUUCUUAUUUUUCUUAUUCCGUUAUGUUGAUAAAAUGAACCUACAAGUUCUAUUUUUGUUUGAGUAAUGUUUCAUAUUUUAAAGGAUGGUGGAUUUUGUUGGUAUC